GCUGGUGAUUUUCAGUUCCAGCUGGUGUCGAGGUCCCAGUUCAUCUCUGCCCUUAACCACAGGACAAACGUUUCUGGAGCCUCUCCGAGGAGCAAGAAAGCGAAUCGGGGGUAGAGGAGGCGGGCCACACGCUAGGUGGUGGGUGCAGUCCCUCCUCCAGCUCCUCCUCCUCCAGCAGCAGUGCGGGACCCGGGCGCCGGCGCAGGGACCAGGGAAAUGAAGCCGCGCUGUGUGCGUAAGAUCCAGGAAACGAAACCCGGGGCCGCGGCUGUCGGCGCGAAGGUUACUCCCAGACUCGCUUCCUGCUGACUUUGGAGCAGGUUGCGCAGCAGCUGUGCCCGGCAGUCUGGAGGCGCGGGAGAGGAAGCCACAGCCUGGACCCUGCUCUCUGGACCUCGGCUCGCUCGGGAGCGGAAACAGCGGCAGCCACAGAACUGUUUAAAUCAUGGACAAACAACACACACAGAUGAAUGAUUCUCACCCAGAAACAAACAUGCCAGUUGGGUAUCCGCCUCAGUAUCCACCAACAGCAUUCCAAGGACCUCCAGGAUAUGCUGGCUACCCUGGGCCCCAGGUCGGCUACCCACCCCCACCAGCUGGCUAUCCAGGUCCUGGGCCAGCUGGCUUUCCUGUUCCAAAUCAGCCAGUAUAUAAUCAGCCAGGUGGAGCUGCAGGGGUACCAUGGAUGCCAGCACCACCAACUCCAUUAAACUGCCCACCUGGAUUAGAAUAUUUAAGUCAGAUAGAUCAGAUACUGAUUCAUCAACAAAUUGAACUUCUGGAAGUUUUAAUAGGUUUUGAAACUAACAACAAAUAUGAAAUUAAGAACAGCUUUGGACAGAGGGUUUACUUUGCAGCGGAAGAUACUGAUUGCUGUACCCGAAAUUGCUGUGGGCCAUCUAGGCCUUUUACCUUGAGGAUUAUUGAUAAUAUGGGUCGAGAAGUCAUGACUCUGGAGAGACCACUAAGAUGCAGCAGCUGUUGUUGUCCCUGCUGCCUUCAGGAGAUAGAAAUCCAAGCUCCUCCUGGUGUACCAGUAGGUUAUGUUACUCAGACCUGGCACCCAUGUCUACCAAAGUUUACAAUUCAAAAUGAGAAAAGAGAGGAUGUACUAAAACUAAGUGGUCCAUGUGUUGUGUGCAGCUGUUGUGGAGAUGUUGAUUUUGAGAUUAAAUCUCUUGAUGAACAAAAUGUAGUUGGCAAAAUUUCUAAGCACUGGACUGGAAUUUUGAGAGAGGCAUUUACAGACGCUGAUAACUUUGGGAUCCAAUUCCCUUUAGACCUUGAUGUUAAAAUGAAAGCUGUAAUGAUUGGUGCCUGUUUCCUCAUUGACUUCAUGUUUUUUGAAAGCAGUGGCAACCAAGAACAAAGAUCAGGAGUGUGGUAGUGGAUUAGUGAAAGUCUCCUCAGAAAAUCUGAAGUCUGUAUAUUGAUUGGGACUAUCUAAACUCAUACCUACGUAAAUUAAGCUGUAAUGCCUGUAGCUCUGGUUGUGUACUUUUGCUUUGCAAAUUAAUAGAGUUUAUCUUCUGUAUAACUGAUUUAUAAAGGUUUUUAUGCAUUUUUUAAUACUCACUGUGAAUUUGAGAAAUAGGACAUAGGAGUUUUUACAAUUAUUAAUGAAACUUCCUAUGAAAAACUGCUUUGAAUCAUGAUCUCUGAUUGUUUUACUACCAAAUAUUAAUUAAUGCCUUAAUUUUAAUAUAAAUUAUAUUUUAUUCUAUUAAAUCUAGUUACAGUUUAUUUCAUGCCUAACUGAUAAUGUUAUUUUACAAAUGCCAUAUAUUCAAAAAAUUUCAAACAUAAUUUAUAUUAUGUUCAAAUAAUAUUCAUUAUGCAUAUUAUCUUUAAAAAGUUAAAUGUAUUUAUUUUUUUAAUCUUCAGGGAAUCAUGCUACACUUAUCUUCCCCUGGAAGCUAAUCUGUACCAUAAAUAAUAUGGUAUUCAUAUUCACAAGAUAUUACCAAUUUUUAUAUUAUUGUUAUUAAAGAAAACAUGAUUCUCUCCCAAAGAAAGACAUGUUUUAAACACUCCUUCACUGUAAAACUCUGGUAUUAUUAAAACUUUUGAAAGUUAACAUUUAAACAUGGAAUUUUUAGCUUUUAUACUCUAUCCUUCCUAAAAAAGGGUAAUUGAAAUUAUUCAGAUGUUAAAUAUAACAUAUGUAUUCACAGAGCAUAAACCUAAAUAAUGAUCUUUUAGAUUAUUUAUAUCAAUAAUCAAAUAUUUUUUUUAAAAACUUGGUUUUU